UAAUUUUGACGUUAACAAUCAGCUGUUGCUAUCGGCAUUGUUUUGUGGAAAGUUUUGAAAGAAAAAUGCGGAAAAUUCUUCCAAUAUUCAGUAGAAAAUUGUCUCACGUGUGCAACUUAAAGCCUUACAAGGAGACCAAAUGGUUGAUGCCCAUUGGGAACCCGACAGGACUAUAUGUGUACAAUUGUGUCGCCGAACAAAAGGUGCCAGUGAUUCUAAAUGAUCCCCACAUCGCGACAUGGUAUUCCUGCGGCCCUACGGUAUACGACUCGGCUCACCUCGGCCAUGCGAGCUGUUACGUGAAACUGGAUAUAGUCCAACGAAUAUUGAAAACAUUUCUCAAUAUAAAACUCGUAACUGCAAUGGGAGUCACGGAUAUCGACGACAAAAUCAUCAGAAAGGGUCUCAACACUAACACAGACUAUCGAACUGUCGCCAAACAAUAUGAACACGAAUUCUGGCUCGACAUGGCCAAGUUAAAUGUCGAGAAACCUAUGAUAAUCACUCGAGUUUCAGACCACAUUAGCAGCAUCGAAAGUUUCGUCAAAACUUUAUUAGACAAUCAACAAGCUUACGCUACCAAUGACGGCACGGUAUAUUUCGAUACUAGUAAGUUUCCUUACUAUGGGAAGCUUCAGAAAAUGCAAGACUCAAGUGAACCAAUUAGUAAACAUAAAAGAAAUAACAUGGACUUUGCUCUUUGGAAAGGUCACAAGCCAGACGAGCCAUAUUGGACGACUUCUUGGGGAAAAGGGAGGCCUGGGUGGCAUAUAGAGUGCUCUGCAAUGGUCAGCAAAGUAUUUGGUUCACAGAUUGACUUCCACGCUGGUGGCAUUGACUUGCUGUUUCCUCAUCAUGAAAACGAAGAGGCUCAGUCUUGUGCAUAUCACAACAAACGACAAUGGGCAAACUACUGGAUUCAUGUCGGCCACUUGCAUGUCAAAGGAGACGUAAAAAUGUCCAAGUCUUUGAAGAACACUGUCUCAAUACCUACCCUAUUAGAAACUUACAGCGCAGAUACAUUCCGAAUGGCUUGUCUUAUGUCAAACUACCGUUACCCAAUGGAAUUCACUGAUGAAGUAAUGAAGACUGCAGAGGAAGUCUUAAAUAAAUUCAAGUUUUUCCUAAAAGAUGCAUAUGUAUAUGUAAAUAACAAUGCUACGCAGAGUGCUGAUUACGCAGAUACAAUGCUGGACAUUUUAUGGAGAGAGGAAGAGGCAAAUUUAGAGGCUCUUAAAGCAGAUUUUGAUACUGCCACUUGCAUAAACUCACUGCUAUUUUUGAUCAGUUCCACCCACAAAAUAAUAAAAGCAGACACAGCGGAAUUUUAUCCUGUACCAAUCGUUUUGAUUGCUGAUUACAUUACGAACUUUUUGACCAAACUAGGCUUAAAACUGCAGGAUACUUCAGAGCAAAGUAUUUCGAACUCUUUGAUUGACACCCUUGUUGAGUUUAGGCAUUCGGUUAGAACAAAUGCUCUUGGCAAAAAGGACAAGGAACUAUUAAGUGCAUGUGAUGUUGUCAGGGAUAAAAUGAAGUCACUGAAAGUGCAAAUAAAUGAUAGCAAUAAAACUGCCUCAUGGGUAUUUACUAAGUAAAUACGCUAUUAUUAUAAUUUUUUUUUCACUAUUAUUAAUGAGCUGUAAAAACACUUCCACCAACCCGCAGUGGAGCAGCGUGGUGGAGUAUGCUCCAUACCCUCUCCAGUUGAUUGAGAGGAGGCCUGUGCCCAGCAGUGGGACAUAUAUAGACUAUUUAUGUUGUUAUGUUAUAUUAUUAAGUAAAACACUUGUCUAAUAGCAAUAAUUGUAACCUAAGCUAAUAGAUAUUCUUUCAUAAGUAAUAUAACUAAUGAGGUAUUAUUAUGUAGUACAAUGACAUAAUUGUUAAUCAUUUUAAAUUAAAAUUGUUACAUUUUUAAAGUUUAUUCGUAAUCUCGUCUCUCUUUUACAUUAUUUUGUAAAACAUAAAUAUAAUGUUAAAUUUAGUAUUUAGUAAGUUGUAUAAAUCGUUUUUAAUUAAUGUUCAAAUUGUUUAGUUUCAAUGUAAGAUCAUUCAUAACAGAAUACUUAACCCGUAUCAAUGAUCAAUCAAUUACAAUCAGUCACUAGCUGCCAAUGUAUUAGCGAAGCGAAGAUUCUUAUGUCGACUGCAGUUUGAUACUCGCGCAUGCGCAGUUUGUUGUUUUCUUACCACCGAGGCUUGAGCCACUCUUGGUGCUCAUGCCAGUCUCAUAGUUUAAAGUAUUUAAUGAUAAUCAAACUAUCACUUUAUAUAACAAAAGAUCAAAUAUCAUCAAAAUACUACUCUUUUACACAAAAUCUUUUUUUUCAUUCUUCUUUUUUUUCUAGUCUUUGCUUACCCCAGUGGGUAACAGGCGUGAGUUUAUGUAUGUAUGUACCACUCUUUUACGUGCAAACACUAAUUUAAGGCCUCGUUCACACAAGCAGUAUGAAAUCUCUGUCACACACAUGUAACUGGUGAAAAAUAAAACAAAUUUUAUAUGGCAAGUA